ACUAAUGAUCGCGCCCCAAUGCCAGCUGCUUCAACUACAAUGGAGGCAUCCUAUUUGAUGGGCAAACAAGGAAGGAAGAGUCUGCUGCUCAUAAGCUUUACUAGAAUGGUAUGUCAUUUUUACUUUUUUAGUCCUUGAUGGAGUUUGUUAUGACUUAUGUGAAAAUAUAAUACAACUUGGUGAACUGCACACAUCUUUUUAGAUUGCUCUAUCAUGACUUAUUCGCUUCCGUUGUUUUUUUUUUUUUUUUUUUUUUGUAUUGAUUUGAAUUGCUUGUCCUUGUGCCGAGGGUCUACGGCAAAAUAAUAUCUCUACCUCCCAUUUGAAUGUUUUUGUCCACUCUAUUUUUUUCAUAUAUUGAACCCGCUUAUUGAAAAUCCUGGGCCCGCCACUGAUUGCUGGUCUUCUUUCUUAAGAAUAGAACUUUGAUGUAGAUGUUGAGAUCUCAGUAUGCUCAAAUUAACUUAAAAGUCAGUCUUUACUUCAUAUCAGUGAGUGUCUAAUUGAUUUGCUAACUCAGUUGGUGUUCUACUUUAGUUUGGCUAGAGUCCUCUGAAAGAACUUCCUUUUAAACCAUUACUGUAUCUGAUUUAAGCUAUUGGGCUGUGCAUUUGACCUUCAUUUGCGUGUUUUCUGAGAAAAACAUAUAUUUGUAAUCUUGUGUUCUUAAAUUCAAAGGCUCCAAUGUAACUUCAGUUUAAAUGAUCAUGCCCCAUACGAAACCAUGUUUGCCUAUCUCUUAAGAUUAAAAACAGCUCAUGUUUGUUUAGUUUCGGAAGUUUUUUUUUCUCUGUAUUAAGUAUGGUAUAAGAAGAUGUGCUUGCCUACAUGUAAGAUACCUUCUUUACUGCAUUCCUAAACUAGUUUGAACUGUGUGGUUUUGGAUUCAAAGAACUGAUAAGAUCGUUUAUUCAUCAUCUUUAACUUUAACUCAAUUUAUCUUCGAACUCAUUGUGUGUUAUAUUUAAACUUGACUGCUUGAUUCGUGGUUGCAUUGUGCUAUUCGUUGCUGCAUUUUUUUUUUUAACUAUUUGCUACUGCAUUUCGUUUGCUCUUUGCUACUGCAUUUCUUUGCCAUCUGCUACUGCAUUUUUAGGCCAUUUCGCUGGUGUAUUUGGGCCCAUAAGCUGCUGUUUUGCUGAUUACUUUAUUUGUUGCAUUAUGGGCUAACUUGUGGUUUCAUUUCGACUAAAAUAGCUACUCCAUAUCGUGUUAUGUCUUCUGCUGAUAUGAAUAGCCCUUAUAUUUAAGUUGCCAUUAAUCAUAGUAAUUCCUAUUAGUUAACUUAUAUAGGUUCGCUAAUCUUUUCCUUCUCUUUAUUUAUGCAUAAACUCGCCCGAAACGAGUCCAAUGGACUCCCUUCCCGACAUAACAUUCGACCUCCUCGAGUCAGCCCCAUCCUUAUUAUCUAGAUGAUCACAAAAUGGCAAGAGUGGGCAGUUUCCCAAGCAAUAUGCAGCAACAGUCCCGCAGCUCCAAAUAUGAAGAGCAGCACAAAAUGGGUCAGGCCCAUCUAAUUACUUUUUCUCUACUCUACUUCAUUUCCUUUGUGUAUUUUGGUUGUAUUACAUGACUAACAUUUUACUUUGUUCUUAUUUUCUAACCAGAGAAUCCCCUAAGCGGAAUGUGAAUCUUAGUUGCCAAAAAUUGAAUGCAUCUCAUGAUGAAUUUUUAUCACCUGCAAUUGUACAAAGACCAAAAUACAAUAGUUUUCUUGGAACUUCUUAAAGAAGAAAAUAAUUUUUUUAAAAAAAUGAUUUUAGACAUCAAAUGUAUCACAUGGUAGCAGAUGCGUGGUUUUUUUUUUUUUUUUUUUUUUUUUGUUUUUUUUUUUUUAAGUCUUGUUAGAGUUUCAAAGUUGGGGUUAAGACUCUAGGUGUGUUUUCAAAGGCCAAUGAGUGGAUAUUACUUUCUUUUAAACUUAAGCUAUUUAAACGAAGGUUUCAGUUCAGUUUUCUUUUUCUUCAAAAACGUAGAAAAAAUGGAAUUUCAAUGGUUAAUGAUAAAGCUUAGUUUGAAAUCCAUAACUUGUUCAAAAUAACUUAAAAGUUCAGUCGUAUCUUUCGGGUUGGGACAAGUGAAUCCAUUAACUGAAUGAGAAGUUGAAUUAUAUUUAUAACUUAAAGUCUUAAUGAGCCGGAUACACUUUGAAGAGAUUUAUUCCUUCAUAAUUAGCUAAAUUAUAGACUUAAUUAAUUAAUUGAUUUGAAGAUGUAAUUGAAAUGCUAAAAAUAAUUUUCAAAAGUAAAACAUCCCUAAAGCUCAUUUUUCUAAUAAAAUACACUUCUUUUUUCUAAUUAAUUAGUCAUGAGUAUGCCUCUUUCAAACCUUGUACAUAUGAAUCUUAAUCACAUUUUUUACAAAUAAGUUAUACAAAUUUUUUGUCAUAAAAUGUUAGAUCUGUACGUAAAUCGCAUUGGGUGGAUCCUUAAUACUGAGGUGCUUAACACUUUUCUUGAGGGUCACCAGAACCCUUACCCGUUCUCUGAAUUUUUUUAAAGGUUUUCAAAAAUUAACUUUUAAAUUGGUUUCCUAAUUCUCAUUCAAUAAAUCAAGUGGCGACUCUGUUUGUGGACCGUAACAAUAAUGAUAGCAAUUGAAAAGAUAUACGCGUGGGCUACAUUUUUUUGUACAAAAACGUUAUAGGUGUAGUAUUUAUUUGAAGGGUAAAAAAGGCAUUCAACUUUUCAAGGGCAAUUUGGUAUUUUAAAUUUUCACUUUGGGCUUCCCCCUUUAUUAUUAUAUAUUAUUAUUAUUAUUGAUUCAUAUCUACUAUUGAAGUUUUAGUGAAAAGGUAUAAUAGAGGAGUUUGGGCAGAAAGGAGAGGAACUUGAAGACAGCUUAAAUCAAAGAAAAUAGUAGAGAAAAUGAUGCAUACCCAGAGAAGAAAAGCCCUUAGCAAUUCUCAGCUAUAUCAAGUCAGUGUCUUCACAAGGCUUGACAAUGAUGUCCUUAAUUAUUGAUGCAAGACUUCAAGUCUUUCCGUUGACAAGAAGAUUCCCUCACAGCCCUUAACAUACGUUUCUACAACUUUUCCACAUCCACUAUACUUUUAAACACAAGUGCAGAACAACUGAGUUCAUAUCUAGUCUUCCUCUUCUUCAGAUAGGAGGAUUUAAUAUGGCUUUCACUUCUUUUAUAUGCUUUCUUCUGAUCUCUUACUUAGUUCAGGCAAAGGGCAGUAGUAAUUCAACUUGUCCAAAGUCCUUUUCAUGUGGAAAUCUUACUGAUCUGAGCUUUCCUUUCUCUCUUUCAACACAACCGGACUGUGGAAUACUGCCCAUUUCUGGUUGUGAUGCUAAACCAUAUCCAAGAAUCCAACUGCUUCCUGGAGGAGAUUUGUACUAUGCUUUAGGCAAUCCAUUUAAUUAUACAGUUGAGCUCAGGGAUCCUAAGCUUCAUGCCGAGUUGAGGCAACACAAUUGCCAGGCUUUUAACAAAAAUAUCUCCCUUCCAGACUCUCCUUCUAUUUCUUUCAAACUCAUGCCCCCGUUUGGAGACUUCUUCAAAUGCAACAGCACUAGUAGCAGCACCCCAAACAAUACCCAGAAGAACUAUCAUUUUGCUGGUUAUAAAGUGUACAAUGGCUGUAAAGGCUUUAGCAUAAACUACAAGCCUGCCGGAAGUGAUGAUAAAGGCAAUCUUCCUGCCAGCUGUUCACUUAUCAAAUUGCCAAUUGACUCAAUAUCAGAUGAUGGUGAUGUGUUCAAAACGUUAAGUGCCCUUCUUUUAGUAGAAUGGAAACUGUCUGAGGAAUGUUACCAAUGUCACUAUAGCGGAUGUCAAUGCAAAACUGAUGAAGCCAACAUAUUUCGGUGUACACAUCCAAAUAGUCCACAUGCUCAAGGUCAUCAAGAAAAUAAUCCACAUGCUCAAGAUGCAAAAACGACUAGAAGAAAGUUCGGACUGACUCUGGCAGCAGGUGCAAGUUUGUUUAUUGUUGGACUGUUGGUUUUACUCCUAUGCUUCAGGAAAAAAGUUUUGUGGUACAAAUACCUAAGGUUUUGGGAAUCUAAUGCUGAGGAUCACCAAAAAGUUGAAGCAUUUUUAAAGAACUAUGGGUCAUAUGCUCCAAAGAGAUACAACUAUUCAGAAGUCAACAAAAUCACAGGUUGUUUCAAAAACAAACUAGGUCAAGGAGGAUAUGGUUAUGUGUACAAAGGAAGUCUGAGUAAUGGAAAUCAUGUGGCUGUGAAGGUCCUGAAUAAGCAAAAAGACAGUUGUGACGAUUUCAUUAACGAGGUGGCAAGUAUUAGCAGGACAUCACAUGUUAACAUUGUGAGCCUUGUGGGAUUUUGCUUUGAGGGACGCAAAAGAGAUCUCGUGUAUGAAUUCGUGCCAAAUGGAUCUCUUGAAAAGUUUAUCUAUGAGGAAAGAUCAGACAGAGUUCGCCAGUUGGAUUGGCCAAUAUUGUACCAAAUUGCACUAGGCAUUGCUCGAGGAUUGGAGUACUUGCAUCGUGGUUGUACCACUCGGAUUUUGCAUUUUGAUAUAAAGCCUCAUAAUAUACUGCUUGAUGAAGAUUUUUGUCCUAAGAUCUCCGACUUUGGUCUUGCCAAACUGUGCGUGAAAAAGGAGAGCAUUGUGUCAAUGUUAGGUGCACGAGGGACUAUUGGUUAUAUUGCUCCAGAAAUUGUUUGUAGAAACUUGGGAGGUGUCUCUCACAAGUCUGACGUCUAUAGCUACGGAAUGAUGGUAUUAGAAAUGGUUGGAGGAAGAAAAAAUGUUGAUGUGGGAGUUGAACGCACGAGUGAAAUCUACUUUCCACAUUGGCUCUAUCGACGAAUUGAGCUAGAUGAAGAGCUUCAAUUAAUCGGGAUAAUGAAUGAAGAGGAUAAAGAAUGUGCAAGAAAGAUGGUGAUGGUGAGCUUAUGGUGCAUACAGACUGAUCCCUCAAAUCGACCAUCCAUGAGCAAGGUUGUGGAAAUGUUAGAAGGAAACCAAAACUCUAUGCAAAUUCCUCCCAAGCCUUACCUAUAUUCUCCCUCAAGAUCAGAGGUAGAUUCAUCGGUAGUAGAACUGGCCUAGUCUUUAUUUGUUGAUCUGUCAGUUGUUAUUUGUGUAGUCUUAUUUUGUAAUGAACUUUUGGCAAAAGCCGUAUUGUUGCC